UUGGUAUUGUGAUAACGAAAUUCCCUCCAACUAUUUCUUUCUACCUUCUUCUUCUUCUUCUACUCUCUGUCUCUUUCUCUCUCUAAAGAGGAAGUGUAAUGCAGUUAAAUUGAGAUUUGAAGAUGAGAGUGGCGGUGGUAGGAGGCGGAGUGAGUGGGCUGGUUGCGGCGUAUGUGGCGGCGGAGGGCGGCGUGGAGGUGGUGCUCUAUGAGAAGGAGGAUUACUUAGGCGGCCAUGCCAAGACCUUUGAUGUUGAUGCAACUUCUCUUGACCUCGGAUUUAUGGUUUUCAAUCGAGUGACUUAUCCAAACAUGAUGGAAUUCUUUGAGAAUCUUGGAGUUGAGAUGGAGCUCUCGGACAUGUCCUUCUCAGUGAGCUUAGACAAUGGCCGAGGCUGCGAAUGGGGCAGUCGUGCUCUGUCUGGAUUAUUUGCACAGAAGAAGAAUGUGUUGAAUCCCUACUUUUGGAAUAUGAUCAGAGAAAUCAUCAAGUUCAAGAAUGAUGUGCUCGAUUACCUCGAAGAUCUUGAAAACAAUCCAGAUGUCGAUAGGAAUCAGACACUUGGGAGCUUCGUGCAAUCACGUGGUUACUCUGAGCUCUUUCAAAAGGCCUAUCUUAUUCCAAUCUGUGGCUCGAUCUGGUCAUGCUCUUCCGAAGGAGUGAUGAGCUUCUCUGCAUAUUCGAUACUUUCAUUUUGUCGUAACCACCAUCUUCUGCAGCUCUUUGGCCGCCCUCAAUGGCUUACUGUGAAGUGUCGUUCACGAACUUAUGUCAAUAAGAUGAAGAAAGUGCUGGAAAGUAGAGGGUGUGAGUUAAGAACGAAUGCUGAAGUAUGUUCGAUUUCAGGAAACGAUGAAGGCUGCGUUGUAAGGACCGAGGACGGCUCAGAAGAAGCGUACGAUGGGUGCAUAAUUGGUGCUCAUGCUCCGGAUGCUCUGAAGAUGUUAGGAGAACAGGCGACGUACGAUGAACUAAGAAUACUUAGUGCUUUUCAGUAUGCCUAUAGUGACAUUUACCUUCACCGCGACAUAAGUCUAAUGCCCAAAAACCCGGCAGCAUGGAGCGCUUGGAACUUUCUUGGAUCCAUCAAUGACAAAGUUUGUGUCACAUAUUGGCUCAACAUUCUACAGAACAUUGAGGAGAAGGGGCUACCUUAUCUGGUGACGCUCAACCCUCCUUCCACACCUCAACACACGCUGCUGAAGUGGUCGACUGGCCACCCCAUUCCCUCAGUUGCUGCGUCUAAAGCUUCAUCUCAGCUAGAUCUCAUACAAGGGAAGAGAAGGAUAUGGUUCUGUGGAGCAUAUCAAGGCUAUGGCUUUCACGAGGAUGGACUAAAGGCAGGAAUAAAUGCUGCCAAUGGCUUACUUAGAAAAAACUGUAUGCUAAAGAGCAACCCCAAAUACAUGGUACCUACUUGGCUUGAAACGGGGGCGCGUUUUCUUGUUACUAGGUUUCUUGAACGUCUUAUAGCUACAGGCAGCCUAACAUUAUUGGAGAUCGGAGGUACUAUGUACACCUUCGAAGGCAGCAGGAAAGGUAGCUUCUUGAAAGUGACUUUGAGAGUGCAUACUCCACAGUUUUAUUGGAAGGUUGCAAAAGAAGCAGAUUUAGGCCUAGCUGAUGCAUACAUUAAUGGUGACUUUUCUUUUGUUGAUAAGAAUGAAGGUUUGCUCAACCUUUUCAUGUUGUUUAUCGCGAAUAGAGAUUUGAAUAAUUCAACUGCACAGCCGAAUAACAGAAGAGGAUGGUGGACACCGAUGCUUUUCACAUCAGCAGUGGCUUCUGCAAAAUAUUUUUUCCAGCAUGUGUCAAGGCAGAACACAGUAACUCAGGCACGGCGUAAUAUCUCAAGACAUUAUGACUUAAGCAACGAACUCUUCUCGCUCUUUCUGGACGAAACAAUGACAUAUUCCUGUGCAAUAUUCAAGUCUGAAGGUGAAGACCUGAAGAUUGCUCAGCUCAGGAAAAUUUCUCUUCUAAUUGAAAAGGCAAAGAUCAGCAAGGAUGAUCACAUUUUGGAGAUCGGGUGUGGUUGGGGAACUUUAGCAAUUGAAGUUGUUAAAAGAACCGGCUGCAAAUACACCGGUAUCACCUUAUCCGAACAGCAGCUGCAAUAUGCUGAACUCAAAGUAAAGGAAGCCGGCCUGCAGGAUCGCAUAAAAUUCCUUCUAUGUGACUACAGACAGUUGCCAAACAAUGUGAAAUAUGACAGGAUAAUAUCAUGUGAGAUGUUAGAAGCUGUAGGUCAUGAGUUCAUGGAAGAGUUUUUCAGGUGCUGUGAAUCCGUGUUAGCAAUAGAUGGCCUUCUCGUUCUUCAGUUCAUAUCUAUACCAGAUGAGAGGUACGAUGAAUAUAGGCAUAGUUCAGACUUCAUCAAAGAGUAUAUAUUCCCAGGAGGUUGCCUGCCUUCACUAAGCCGAGUAACAUCAGCCAUGGCUGCUGCCUCGAGAUUCUGUGUGGAGCACCUUGAAGACUUUGGAGUCCAUUACUACCAGACACUCAGAUGCUGGCGCGAAAACUUCCUCAAAAAUGAAAGUCAAAUAAAGGAUCUGGGAUUCAACGACAAGUUCAUCCGAACGUGGGAGUAUUACUUCGACUAUUGUGCUGCAGGAUUCAAAACUUGUACACUAGGAAACUAUCAGAUUGUGUUCAGUCGACCUGGAAAUGUCGCAGCAUUUGGUGAUCCUUACAAGGGUGUUCCUUCUGCUUAUUGACCGGAAAUUUUUUCUCGUCUGCCACUAUUUGCAGAGAGGUUCAAUAGUAGUUUGACAUUGUCAAAUUAUUAUCAUUGUUACUAUUUUUUACGUUACUCCAUUUUUAAAGGAACUCAAAUUGGUAUGCACUGUUUCAUUCGUGUAAAAGUGACAGUAAAAGAAAUGGUUGAAUGAUUUGUUGGUUUAUAUGAACUGAUUCUUUAUCA